UGACGUCAAAAUUAGUGUUGAAUUGCAUUGAAUUGAAUGUUAGGUAAACAUUGAAUGUAUUGUCAAUAUAGCAGUCAAUGUAAUCAUCAAAACAUUUGUUUCAAUUGUUUUCACUAAUAAUUGUCAAAACAAUUAUCUUUGAGUUUAGUUGUCAUUGACUGACCAUUUAAUCCACAUUUCAUUGAAUAUCAUUUGAUUGCCGACACCAGUGAUGUCUAAAUCGCCGAUAAGCGAUGAAAGACUACUCAACUCUAGCGGUAAUGACGGCCAAAACGGGUGGAAAUACGAGGCAUUGGCCGUCAUUCAGGACAUCCACUCUUUUGUCAAACAACUGACCAUCAGUUCAGAGCUUCCGUGCGAUGAAAACGGUGUUUAUCUCAAUUUGGAGACUAAAGAGGAGACAAUAUUAACUAUUGAGAUGAGUUCGGCCGGCUUUCGCAUUUGUGGCCAUCAGUUGGACACCAAUGACCUGACAGCCGAUGACCGGACUGUUUAUUACGAGACGCCGUACGCAUUGCUCGAUAAUAUUUCACCAAAAUAUCGACAAUCAUUUGGUGACCAAUUGGCACAAAAACUACAAGAGUUUAGUGAUAAACAAAUGAUUAACGAUUGA